UUACGCGUUGAUGAAAAACAUGAAGAUGCUGCAAAGAGGGAAGGUUCAUUAAUGGCGCGUCUUUGGACUUUAAGAGAACUUCUGAAGAAACGUUGUAUUAUUGGCACUUUUAACAAAUAA